CGCCGCCGCCGCCGCCCCCUACAGUGCCUCUCCCGCCUCUCCACAGCGCCGGCCGUGGGAGCUGCAUCCUCCUCUCAGUUCGCUGUGGACACUCCAGUUCGGGAUCAGCGAGCCAGCGACGCGACACCCCGACACCCCCCAUCACCUCCAGCCCGGGCGACCCCUCCCCGGUCCGGUCCGCCCUCGCCCUCCGCGGUCCGGGAGCCCCCUGGCCCUGAGCGCCCCGCGGGCCCGCUCCCGCACUCCGGCCGCGGCACUCCCACAGCCGCCGCCCCCCACCCGGAACAUGGACUCCGACUCCUGCGCCGCCGCCUUCCACCCCGAGGAGUACUCCCCCAGUUGCAAGAGGCGCCGGACUGUUGAGGACUUCAACAAAUUCUGCACCUUCGUCUUGGCCUAUGCUGGCUACAUUCCCUACCCCAAGGAGGAGCUCCCCUUGAGAAGCAGCCCCAGCCCGGCCAACAGCACUGCUGGCACCGUUGACAGUGAUGGUUGGGACGCUGGUUUCUCUGACAUGGCGUCUUCAGUGCCCUUGCCAGUGUCUGACCGAUGCUUCAGCCACCUACAGCCUUCCCUCUUGCAGCGAGCAAAGCCCAGUAACUUCCUGCUGGACAGGAAGAAAACUGACAAGCUGAAGAAGAAGAAGAAGAGGAAGCGAAGGGACAGCGACGUGCCUGUGAAGGAGGGGUACCGGGGAAGCUUGCUAAAGCUGGAAGCUGCAGAUCCGUAUGUGGAGACCCCCACAAGUCCCACCAUGCAGCAUAUUCCCCAGGCCUCCGCUGAGCCCUGCUCAGGCUGGGACUCUGACACUCCCUCCAGUGGCUCUUGUGCUACUGUGUCACCUGAUCAGGUCAAAGAAAUAAAAACUGAGGGAAAACGGACUAUUGUCCGGCAGGGAAAGCAAGUGGUGUUCCGAGAUGAAGACAGCACGGGCAACGAUGAGGACAUCAUGGUGGAUUCAGAUGAUGACUCCUGGGAUCUCGUCACCUGCUUCUGCAUGAAGCCUUUCGCCGGUCGCCCCAUGAUCGAGUGUAACGAGUGCCACACCUGGAUUCACCUGUCCUGCGCCAAGGUCCGCAAGUCCAACGUCCCCGAGGUAUUUGUCUGCCAGAAGUGCCGGGACUCCAAGUUUGAUAUCCGUCGUUCGAAUCGCUCCAGAAUGGGCUCCCGGAAGCUGUUCCUGGACUGAUCGGAGCUGUCGAGGAGACAGGCGGGACUGGAAGGACCUGGGCUCUGUGGCCUCCUCAGUUGAACACAGAACUCCCAGCUCUGGUGCAGGCAGACCCUGCCACUCAGGUGCCUAAGCAAAGGACAAGCCGUCCAGAUAGAACUGUACAUAGCUAGUGAGCAGUCAAAACGUCAGAGCUGCUGCUCCAGCUGUGUUCUCUGAGUUGGAGGCAGACUGAGCACCAGGUCUGCUUCAGCCAAGAGUGAGGGCGCACAGCCAUUGUUAGCCAGCCCCUGCUCUAGGGAGCCGAUGCUGGCUCUCAGUUCUGUCUCCUCUGUGCUUGGGGGUGCAGUUGUUCUGUUUCCCUGGCCUGUGUUUAUUCUCCAGUGUUGGUCUUUUAUCACAAGUGUCUAUACAGCAGCCGUCCAAGUUGCCCUCCCCUAUGUGGUCUCACUGCCCCUGCCUCAGUUGUACUUAUUGGGCCAGGGAGCUGUUUCCUGAGAGGUCUGCUGCCCUAAGAGGAACCCUGGGUGUUGGGUGAGCUGUGAUUGUCUGGUUUUCACUGUUUGUUUAAAGGGACAGUAUGUAGUCACUUUUCCACAGAGUGGGGGCUGGGGGUGGAGGUGCUCUGUGUUCAUAACUCAGUUUGUUUUGCACGAUGUAAAAAGGCC